AGUCGUGUACGUAGUUUUGGAUUUCCUACUGCUGCCGUGGUUGUGGGUCUUGUGGGAGGAUUGCGUCAACAACAACCAAGUGAAGAAAUUACGCAUUGACUAAAGGCGAAAAUGGAUUCUCAAUAGUGGAACAAAUCAAAUAUCAACAUUACGUGUCCCGAGGAAAAAAUGUCGACAUUUGAUGAGUGCUAGAGUGAGAUAAAAGUGCCGUGAAAGCAUACGGAGCAGUGCGAGGGGAAAGGUGGGUUCAAGGAUACGUUGUGGGGAAUACACAGGCAAGGGAUCAUCAACAUCAGCUGCUCGUGCGCUGCCCUCUGGUGCCAUAUUCUCGACUUCAUCGUGAGUGGUGAGGGUGGGUGCAAACAAAUAAAACAGAUACGGCGAUUGGAUCUCGCUGGUCGCAGGAGGUGCAGCGGUAAAGGGGGGAAUGUUUUCCUUUCUCCUUUCUUUGCCAUCGUAAAUGUAUCAGCACCUUUUGUUUACACGACUAUUGCGUUCGACGAGAGCUAAAACCCCAGAACCCGAAGAGGCAGAAACUUCGACGGCCAGAAGAAAAUCUCGCUUCAAGUUCCACGCUCUAUUAGAGGCGGCGACGGUCAUUGAAGAAGUCGUAGAGGGCAAAGCCAGCUGAAGCGUAUAUGCUGUACUAUCAUCGGUGUUUUUCUUUUCAUUUAAUUCGAACUGAGCGGAAUAAUCGUGGAAAUUAGCAGCUCGGAAGGCGGAAGAACAAAGAAACGAUAUUUGUUACACGGUGAACGGCGGUUGUUGUUGCGGGAGGAUUUAAGAAGAUGGCUGAUUUCGAUGCAAUCUACGAGGAACAGGAACUGGCCGAACCGGAAGACCUGGAGGAGGCCCACGUUCAGAUGGUGCCGGAUCCGAUCGUCAUACGAGGGGCAGGAAAUAUGACAGUUUUCGGUCUGAGCAAUCGCUUCAACGUGCAGUUCCCAGCCGGUCUGGUGUCGCGCGUUGCCCCCGAGGAGUUCAAAGCGACCAUCCUGCGCAUCAACGCGGUCCUCAAGAAGACGCUUCCGGUCAACGUGAAGUGGCUGUUUUGCGGAUGCGUGUGCUGUUGCUGCACCCUCGGAUGUUCCCUAUGGCCUGUGAUAUGUUUAAGUAAGAGGACCCAGCAUACCAUGAAUAAGCUGCUGGAGUGGGAGAAUAGUCAUUUGUACCAUAAGCUCGGUUUGCACUGGCGGCUCAGCAAGCAGCAGUGUGACUCCAACUCGAUGAUGGAGUACGUCCUGCUGAUAGAGUUUAUACCCAAAACGCCAAUCUACCGACCGGAUUAGACAUUUCGGGCGGUCGGAUUUUCCUUGGUUUUCACUUUCCUUUGGUCUCUACUACUAACGCGCCCCAAAACCGCGUUUGAACUAUGUACCACUAUUGUGUACUUUGUUUUGCUGUAACAAAACAAACCGGAUGAAAACAAAACUGUUUUUAUAAGUAUAAUUGGAAAUAUCGAAGCUGAAGAUCAGAAUCGAAUGAUACCGACAUAUGUGUAUAAUAGAUUUAGUAGUUGUGAAGCGUUUUUUGCCGGUAGACUUUAGUUCGUUCAAAUUUGUUCCGGAAUGGUCGAUAUUCUCAUACUCGUUGCUGGUGAGAAUGAACGGUAGGCGGACAUUAGAGCAGAGCUGUGCAAAGAAAGUAGCUUUUGAACAAAACAUUGUUUGAAUUAUCGAGUUAGUUCUUCAAAAAAAUAAAUCGAAAUCGUUGCAUGCAAAUUAAUCUGUGAGAAUGUAAAUUUUCAUGGUGAGUUUGGUUUCUAAACAAAACAAAGGAAAAACGAAGAAGCUAAUAUUUGGAGUCUGAAUAAGAAGGAAUAAAUUUCGAAACAAAAAUACAAAACACUCAAGUGAUCUUAGACAAGCAACAGAAAAAAAUAAUAGAGAGAAACAAAGAUACUGAAGUGGAUGUUUUCAGUCUCAGUAAGCGAUAAUGGGACGAAAAACAAUAAAAAAAAAACAUUGUUGGACGUUAGAAAAAAAUAAAAACAAACAAACGAGAAACACAAACGAGCAAAUUUAGCCUAGGAUAGGUAAUGAUUGUAUAGUGUAUAGAGAUUUGUUUAGCGUUUAAGGUGAAUUAAAUACAAAACAACAAAAGAAGUAAUUAUUUGA